AUGGUCGUUCCGAAAAUCGUAGAUCAACUUCCACAUCUCCUUUUGUCGUCAGACACAUGGCAACACUUAACGGACCUACCAUUAGCUGAUCCAACGUACAACACACCUGGUCCAAUCGAUGUCUUACUCGGUGCAGACAUCGUACCAUCCAUCAUGACGGGCCACCGAGUGACCGGUAAAAUCACUCAACCCAGUGCGUUUAAUACCAUAUUUGGUUGGAUAGUCAUGGGACCAGCUGAUCAAAUACCAGCACCCGCCGUGACGACAUUGACUGUUCAAUCUAAUACUGAGUUGGAAUCCGCAUUAACCCGCUUUUGGAAACUCGAGGAACCAUCACUACCAUUGUCAACAAUUGAUGACAAUGACCCAGCAGAACAGAUUUUUACGAAGUCCAUCACCCGAACUCCAUCUGGGCAGUUCUGCAUUGGGUUACCAUUUAAAACACCUAACCCAAUUAUUGGUGACUCAAAAAGUCAAGCGCUUCAUCGUCUCCGACACCUCGAAGUGAGAUUAGCCAGAGACAAUAAUUUACGAACACAAUACGUCGACUUUAUGCAAGACUAUUUGGACAGCAAUCACAUGGAGCUCGUUCCCAUUCAGCAACGCUCCACGCCACACCACUAUUACAUUCCACAUCAUUGCAUACUACGUCCUGAUAGUCAAACCACUAAGCUACGAGUAGUGUUCGACGCAUCAGCAAAAAGUUCUGCUGGCAUCUCUCUGAAUGAUUGCUUGCACACAGGUCAAAAACUUCAAGCAGACCUAUCUCAUAUUUUGAUACGAUCACGUUUACACAAAAUCUUGUUUACUGCAGAUAUUAAACAAAUGUAUCGUCAGAUCCUCAUUAGCGAUGCAGACCGAGAUUACCUACGCAUUUUAUGGCGUUUCAAUCAAGAAAAUAGUAUCGAAGAGUAUCGUCUGCGUACUGUCACAUAUGGAACGUCAUCGGCUCCAUUUCAAGCGAUCCGAACAUUACAACAUCUGGCCACACUUUGCAAACUCACACAUCCCAUUGCAUCACAAGUUAUACACUCCGACACCUUUGUCGAUGAUAUUCUUACUGGUGCAGAAUCUAUACAAUCAGCUUUAAACAUCCAAGAUCAAUUAACAAAAUUACUCUCAAGUGGUCAUUUCAUACUCCGAAAAUGGGCCAGCAACGCUCCUGAGGUAGUCAAUGCUGUUCCAGAAGAAGCACGUUCCACGUUAUCUUCAAUUAGCUUUGAUGACGAAUCUGAAACAGGACUGAAAGUGCUCGGCUUACAUUGGGAUCCAAGACAUGACCACUUCCGUUACACAAUCCGAUGUUUAGAUGUCAAGCCUACGAAGCGAAAUGUGCUGUCUGAAAUAGCACGCAUUUUCGAUCCACUUGGUCUUUUAUCUCCUGUCACAUUUCUCACCAAACACUUGAUGCAGGUACUGUGGAUCGCAGGAAUUGGUUGGGAUGAUGUCAUUCCAAGCAAUGCUCAUAAUAUAUGGCAACAGUAUCGAGACCAGUUACCAUGCCUCCAAGAACUCCGUAUACCCAGACGCAUCACGACUGACACCAACGAUUCAAUUGAACUGCACGCCUUCUCCGACAGUUCGGAAAAAGGGUACGCAGCUGCCAUAUAUCUACGCACAAAAUCAUCUACCGGUGUCGUAUGUCACCUAGUCACAGCAAAAUCUAAGGUGGCCCCACUCAAACGCGUCACCAUUCCACGCCUUGAACUGUGCGGCGCACUACUCGCGGCCAAACUGCUGAAAUCCGUUAUUGAUGUGUUGUCUCCGGUCAUUGACAUUACAUGCACACAUGCCUGGACAGACUCAAUGACUACAUUAGCAUGGAUAAAGUCAUCCCCACACCGUUGGACAACAUUUGUCGGCAAUCGAGUCAGUCAAUUACAGGAUCUCACAACACCUUCCAUAUGGCGGUAUGUCCCGACUAAAGUUAAUCCAGUCGACUGUGCGUCGAGAGGUCUCUUUCCAUCUGAACUUCUCAACCAUCCACAAUGGUGGGGAGGACCUGAGUUCUUAUAUGAUGAACACACCAGCUGGCCCAACACCCAUUCCAUACCUGACGAAAACACAAGCCAACCAGAGUCCCGACUCACGGUCGCAUUAACCGCAACAAAGACAGACGACAUUUUCGACCGUCUGUUCGACCGGUAUUCAUCAUUAACCAAAAUCGUGAGAAUAAUCGGAUACUGUUUUAGAUUCAAGCAACACUAUCAAGCAACAACAACUUUAAACCCUACGGAACAACAUAAGGCUCUAGAUGCCAUCAUCAAAGCAGUCCAGUGGUCCGCAUUUAACGACGACAUACGCCUACUGACAGCAAAUAAGCCAUGUAGCACUCACCUACAGAGACUAAGCCCAUUUCUGGAUGCAUCUGGUAUUCUUCGAGUCGGUGGACGAAUUCUACAUGCAUCAAUCCCGUAUGAACAAAAACAUCCUGCCUUGAUUCCAAAGAGGCAUCCAUUUACGUCACCACUACCACAAGGAACACUGUCAUCCAGGCCCAACCACAUUGCAAGAACUCAUUCAACAACGGUUCUGGAUAAUCUCAGCACGUCAAGUUAUUAG